GUUCUUCCUGCUACGUGCCUUGGAAUGGAGUCUACUCAAGCUUUGAUCACGCAUCCUCAGUUUAGGAGUAUGCGUCACGUGACUCAAAGAUAUCACCAGGAGGCCAUUCAAGCAAUCACGACUCAAUAAUUACAUCAGUUCUUUUGCCGUUCAUAAUACCCACAGAGGCGCCAUAUUUUUGACACGUUCGUACACGAUAGUUUGAGAGGUUUUCCGCUACACAGAGACCAUUCCGAUUUUCCGAUGUUCACCUACAGAGGCCGCGGUGGCCCAUCCCGGUCGACACCUUCUAGCGUCCAGUGCCAGAAAUGCUUGAAGAGAGAUAUGUUUUGACCUCGAUGUGAUUCUGCAAUCAUGCUGACCAUCCCAGAACGCCACUACUCAUAUGAGUGUAAAGCCACUGCUCAAGAGCGUCCAUACGUGUCACGUCCAUCGCGAUCUCAGCAGUUCCGAAAUCCCAAACUGGUGCCUAAGCUCACAAAUGAGACAUUGAACCCUCUCGAGCAAAAGAAAGGUGUGGCGGAUGAAGAGCUGGCUAAAUUAGAAGCCGAACGCGCCCGCGAGCGCGAGCGAGAACAGAGAGACGAUGAGCUGAUUGAGCCAAACGCAAAACGUCGAGGGUCAGUGUCUUCUCAUUCAGUUUCUACCAUAUCCACUAGCGCUUCGCGAUCACGAUCACCUGGUAAAGACAGGGCCAGACCUCCUGCCCAGUCGCCACGAGGUCGAAGCCCCUAUUCAGAGGGCUCACAGCGUGGCAGGCGAGUUGAUAGCCGCAGUCGUAGUCGCAGUCGCAGCCGCAGUCGCAGUCCUAGCCUGAAACGUAGCCAAAGCCCUCGUGUGGAAGCUCAGCACAGGCGUUCCCAUUCUGGUCGCAGCUCAUCUCCUGAAGAUUUUGACCUUCGCGACCAGUACAGGUCCCGGGACCCUUUACCUUCUGUCAAAAGGAUCGCGCCAGCGAGGCAUCCUAGGGAGAAUCCAUCGGAAUCUCGGAGCCCACAUAGCCUUCGUCGUCGACGUUCUGGGAGCCCAAGGUCGCCCCAAUCGAGAGGCAGACUUGAUGAGAGACCGGAUCGAUCCAGGAUUAGGCACGACCGUGAGAGACUGCCACCUCGUGGAAGGUUUGAUGACAGAAGACAUGGGCACGGAGGUUCGGGUCCUGAGAAUCAAGCACGAGAACGAAGCUUGAGUCCUUUCAGUCAACGGUUAGCUAUGACGCAAGCCAUGAAGGGUGGAAGAUAAUGAAUUGUUGGGUAUAAAUGUAGAUAUAGUGUAACCGUCAUCGCACAAUGCGCCAGACCCCUAAGAUGUAAUAAAAAGGGCGGCGAGGCAGAACCUCGACAUCUAAAGGUUAGAUGUUGCUUUUUCAUACCCCUAGC